CCGCGGUGCGUGGCGGGCGGUGGCUCCCCCGCGGGGGGGCGGGGCCGCGGUGCGCGAGCGGGGCCAUUUCAGCGCGCGGCACCGGCGGCCAGGCCGGGAUGUGCGCUGCAUCCCGCGGCUGCCUGCCCGCCGCCGGCCGCUUGCCCGCGGGGCUGGGGCGCUGACUCGCCCCUUUCUUCUUCUCUUCCUUCCCUCUUGCCUCCGCCGCCGGCAGCGCCAUGGCGGCCCCCAGCAGCAUCGUGCCCGUCAUGGCGAGUAAAACCAAGACCAAGAAAAAGCACUUCGUGGCGCAAAAAGUGAAGUUGUUCCGGGCUAGCGACCCGCUGCUCAGCGUCCUCAUGUGGGGGGUCAACCACUCGAUCAAUGAACUGAGCCAUGUUCAAAUCCCUGUUAUGUUGAUGCCAGAUGAUUUCAAAGCAUACUCAAAGAUAAAGGUGGACAAUCACCUUUUCAACAAAGAAAACAUGCCAAGUCAUUUCAAAUUUAAGGAAUAUUGUCCAAUGGUUUUCCGUAAUCUGAGAGAGAGGUUUGGAAUUGAUGAUCAAGACUUUCAGAAUUCAUUGACAAGAAGUGCACCUCUUGCCAAUGAUUCCCAAGCACGCAGUGGUGCCCGCUUUCAUACAUCUUACGACAAAAGAUAUAUCAUCAAAACUAUAACAAGUGAAGAUGUAGCAGAAAUGCACAACAUACUGAAGAAAUACCAUCAGUUUAUUGUGGAGUGUCAUGGGAAUACACUUCUUCCCCAGUUUUUGGGCAUGUACCGGCUUACUGUUGAUGGAGUUGAAGUAUAUAUGAUUGUUACAAGAAAUGUGUUCAGCCAUCGUUUAUCUGUUUAUAGAAAAUAUGAUUUAAAGGGCUCUACUGUGGCUCGAGAAGCCAGUGACAAAGAAAAGGCCAAAGAGCUGCCGACGUUCAAAGACAAUGAUUUUAUUAACGAUGGCCAAAAGAUUCAUAUUGAUGAAAAUAACAAAAAGAUGUUCCUUGAGAAACUCAAAAAGGACGUUGAGUUCCUUGCUCAGUUAAAACUCAUGGACUACAGCUUGCUGGUUGGAAUUCAUGAUGUUGAAAGAGCUGAACAGGAAGAAGUAGAGUGUGAAGAGAAUGAUGGAGAAGAGGAAGGUGAAAGUGAUGGGACCCACCCCAUUGGAACCCCUCCAGACAGUCCAGGAAACACGCUGAAUAGCUCACUGCCCUUGGCUCCAGGGGAAUUUGAUCCAGCUAUUGAUGUUUAUGGAAUAAAAUCUCAUGAAAAUGCUCCUAGGAAGGAAAUUUACUUUAUGGCCAUUAUUGACAUUCUUACUCAUUAUGAUGCAAAAAAGAAAGCUGCCCAUGCUGCAAAAACGGUAAAGCACGGGGCUGGUGCAGAAAUUUCAACUGUUAAUCCUGAACAGUAUUCAAAGCGCUUCUUGGACUUUAUUGCCAACAUCUUGACGUAACCUAUCAUGUUACAUAGGACAGACACGAGACCUGGGGACAGCAGCAGUGGCUACAAGUGUAGGGAAAAAAAGGAACUCAGUGAAGCGCUCAUCUUGCAGAAAGCAACCCCUUUGUUUACAUCUGCUGGCAAAGAUGACUGAAGUGGGGUGGAGUACGCUUUAACAGCUGCCUGAUAUUCCCAGCAUAGUUCUAGCUAUUUCUGACUCUUUUGUGUGUGCAAAAAAAAAAAAAAUUAAAAUAAAUUAAAUAAAUAGAACAGCUUACUCAGAGUGCACUGUGACAGUAAUACUCUGAUGCUACCAGCUGAAACGGAAUAAAUGAGCAAAGAGGUGUGGGGUGGGGGUGGGGAAGAGUAAAUGCAUGUUAAAUCUACAAUAUUGAUAUCAAAUUGUAAACUGUGGAUCAGUUUAUUUUUUGAACUGAAAAGAUACAUGACAGUAUUCUUCAUGAUGAUGAUGACGACGAUAAUAAUAAAAACCUUACUGCGAAUGUUACACUUACACCCUGCACAGUGGCACUCCUUAAGAAAGCAGCUGCAAGAGCCCUUGGUGCCGGAGGCUUUUCGCAUUUGGUUCCUAGCAGUUGGGGGGUUUUUUUCCUUUAUUUUUUUUUCUCCCUCUCCUGUUUUUGUCUUCUUUUCAGCACAUUGCAUCAGGAAGUUCAGCGCCUCAGACAUCUGAGAGCCAGCAUCUUACCUUACAAAGAGCUAACGUAACUCAUGCUAUGUGUACAUUUUUGCUACAGUGAACUUAUGUUAAGGGAAAUCUUUGCUUAUUUCACUUUGUUACCUGAAGUUUUCAUUUGUUUUAUAUUCUUGCAAUAUAGGAACUAAUAAUGUUACAAGUGGAAAAAAAGCUUAUCUGAAGCAGCGCAUAGUUUUGGGCAAUAGUGGCUCCAUCUUUCGCCCAUCGUGAAAGAUGUGCACACUGAUAGAAAUUCCAUUCCCUUGUAAUUUACUGGGAAUUUGAAGUUUAAAUGCUUAUGUUGUUCUGUUGAAACAGCGGUAUUUUAUUAUAGAUUAUCCCUCUAAAAAUGAACCCUGAAUUUUACUGUUUACAUUAUUAGGAAAGCAGGGAUAUUUCUGAAUUUCAGAGCCGUGUACAAUAUAUGACUUUUGAGUUUACAUGUAAAGUUAUUUUGCAGUACAAAUGAAGUAAUGUUUGUCAUCUUCCAAGGUGUAAUGUGCAGUAGUGUACUAAAGUGAAUGUCUCACCUCCGUGGUAGACUCUUUUACAAUAAAAUGAGAAAGGAUAUUUCAGAGGGAUUUUUCCCAAGCUUAUCUUUUAGCAUCAAAAUGACCUGUGCUACCAUUUACUCAAGUUUGAUUGUAUAGUACAUUGCCUAAAACUGUGCUGAACAUGUUUAACUUGUUUAAAAUUUUUAAACAACAUUGUAUUUCUUCUCUUCUUGUAUUUUUCCCUGAAAGACUCCAUGCUUGAAAGAAACAAAUUUACCUAUGCUUAAAAGUUUAUCUACUUAUACACUGUGCUAAAGCUGUGCCUUUAAAAUUUCUUUAUUGAAAUUGUUAGAUUUUGUAGGCAACGUAAGAGAAGUCAAACCCUCCCCGUCAUCGUUUAUAAGUCGAAUCAGGAGUGCCAGCAUGCCUUCUCCAUAACUAAUGUCAGUGCUGUUAAGCCUGCAACUGUGCAUAACGUAUGUAGUGGUUUACUUCAGAGGAGCCUAUACGAUAGCAACCCCGUACACUCUCUUCAGUGGCCAAAGGCAAUACUAUCCCUGUUGCCGUGUACUAAUUUUUUUCUCCUUUCCUCAACCUUUCCUACAGGAUUUUUUUGUUACGUUUGACUUAGUGAUGUCCGCAGCACUGUAAUGUAUGUGUAUACUUUUGUAUUGUAUGUAUUUAAAUAAGUUGGUACUGUGGCUUGAUUUUUUUUUUUUUUUGUCCUCUGCCUAUACACCCCAGUUGUCUACAUUCUCACCCAAGUUUCAUUUUCUGAAGCAUGCUGUGGCUUCUUAAAGUAUGAGGCCACAGGGAGACCCUGAAGUAAAAGUGAGGUACACAUACUUGGAGUACAUAUUUAAUUGCGGCCAACGAGUGUACAUUUUUAGACAAUUUUAGACAUUUACAGCAAAGCGUUCUUUUUGUCUUUGUAGCAGUUUUGUCACUCAUUCUUGUUGAUAAACUGUUUAUUUGGACAGGGCAAGGAAGACUCAUUAUUGUAUGUGUUAGUGCUUAGAUUACACUCCAAACAUGAGCAAGGCUUUAUAAAAUAAAGCACUUUGAUGACUCACUAGGUAAAUCCUUUGUUCUUGUGUUUCAACUAAGAUUUUGAUCACUUACAGAUGAACUUUGGAUGUUAAAAUGAAUGUGUAGCCUGUAUCGCAAAGGAAAAAAUAAGAAGAAAUUUAAAACUUUUCGUUAGAUUUUACCCUGCUUCUUCCAUGCUUCCUUUAAGUGGUUUGAAACAUUUAGGCUUUGGGUUUUUGGACUGAGGCUGUGCUCUGAGAGCAGUUACUGAGGUUUGUAAUUGAUGAUUCUAUGGACUAAAUCCUAAUAUUACUACAGAAACGGGAAGAUUGUCCACAAUAGUUGAUUGGCAGAACUUUGCUAACAUAUGUAACAUCUUACGCUAAACCAGUUAUUUAAAAAGGACUUGGGAAUAAGCCCAAAUAAUUCAGGGGGAGGAGGGAGGGCUUUUUGUUCUACAAUUUCCAGGGUUUGAUUGUCAGGGCUUUCAGCGCAUGAUGCAGCCUGUGCCGCAUGUCGUGGGCAAAUGGCAGAAGAGUCUCUUUUUGUCUGUAUUGUGACUAACUUUUAAUUCUCUUAAUACGUUUGUCACUUUUCAGUUCCUUUCCGUUUAUUGCACAGAUGUAGCAAGACAGUAUUUUCAGCAAUAUUUUUACCUGUAAAAUACACAUUGACAGAAUUAAUGAUAAAGUAGACAUUCCCCACAGGGAAGAUGGUUGAGGAGCUAUUCUAUUAAAAGGAGGUGAAGUGACAGGGAGGAGAGAGAUUCAGCCUCUUAAUUACUCACUUAAUGAUGUCUCUAGUAUUAAUAUAAGCCUCCACUUCACACAGCUGCUCCAGCUGCAUAUGAGCACGGUGCUCAAGGAAUGAUGCUCAAGUUAUGUGGACACAUCAGCCAUGGUGGACAUCAAGCUCCCUGGCUGGUUCUCUGCAUGUCACUGAAACCAUCUACCAUGUCCCCUGAACAGGCUGCCAAACUCUUGCGCUGCUUUUAUAAUACAGACACACAUGGGUUCUCGGUAGGUAAUUUCUCAGUCCCACCUCCUUCCAUUUUCAUGAAAUGAAAGCUUCUAAUAUACAAAACCAGCACAAUGUGCCAGAUCUAAAAACCUACUCCGGUUCUCCUGCUCCAACAAACUAUUCAACAGCUGAAGUGUUACUUAGGCCUUCCUCUCUUUUUUCCUAAGACUUCUGGACAUGCUCAGAUUUAACUUUCCAGUGAGUAUGCUACAUUUAAGUUUUAAGCCAGCCCCGUCUUUUGAAGCGGAAUUGCUCCUGCAGUCCCCUACAGCACUGUUCUCGAGCUGACACCGAGUCAUCUUCAUACGGCUACGUGGCUACGAUUUACAAGGCCCUGCUGCUACCUGUGGCAUCCUGCUCGUCCCAAUCUCUCAACGCAGGGGCAUCCCCCAGCCGUCAACUGCUGAUGUUUCCCUCCUGCCUCUUCUGCAUCGAUAAGGGUGAUUGCCACCUCUCUUUGAGGGGUUUGCCACGGGGCACGCUGUGUUUGACAGGCAUUGCUGACUUCAGCAAGCAGCUGAAGGACCUUGGCUUUAGUAGAAGUGUGUAUAUGGUAAUGCAUAGGAAAAGAAUACAUUUUCUGAUAAAAUGUUUUCUCUCCCUCCCGCUUCAAGAAAACCUGAAGGCAGUGAUGAUAUUCAAGGUAGGAGAUCCAACUGACUUGUUAAUGCAAGGACUGCGGCGACAAAUGUUUAGAUUAAAAAUUCUUUAAAACAAUAUUUUUCUAUGUCAACUACAUAACCUAAAUGUAUAAUCUGAAUUUCCAGCUCCCUCCUUUGUGCUUAGCUCUUCUUUUCCACUGUAGUACUAGUUAGCAAGUCCUUGCGUCGAGAGGGAUCAUUGCAUUCUCGCGGUCUCGUACUCCACCUUUAUCCCCUGUCUGCUCUAUAUGUGGUGUCCACUUGGUUUCUUUCAAACUCUCAUAUAUUUAAUGGGGAAAAGAAAUUAAAAUGGAGAACAGUUAAAGGAGAAAUCUGUUUCAUUGCUCCCUUUCUGUCCUGAUUUCUCUAUGGCAGGUAUUGUUUCUGGAGAUCGGCACAUCCUUUACAUUGCAAUGCAGUAGCAAAGAGCAGAGGCUGCGUAGACAGAGCAGUGUGCUGUCUUUAAUCUGGACGAUGGUGCUGGUUUCCUCCUGCGUGAGGCUGGCCAGAGAUCUGCCUUCGUGCUACAACAAGGGAAUGUGCAUGAACAAGUGAUUGAGGAAGAGCUUGAAAGCAGCAUCUUCAAGUGGCAAAGGCGAUUUGUGUGAGAUUAAAAUCACUAACAGCCGCCUUAUUAAAACUGUUAGAAAACAGGGCUGAAAAGGACUUGAGAUAGUUAUAGUCUGUCCCAGAGCAGUUCAACGGUAGAUAAACAUUGGUGAAAAUUGGGUUAAUCUUUUCCAGGGAGGGUAGUUUCAUGCUAUAUCAUUAGAAAGAUUUUUUCUAAUACCUUACCUGACUCUACUACAAUUUAAGCCCAUUAAUAUUUGUUCUAUCUACAGUGGACCCUGAGAAGAGUUUAUUCUCUUCCUCUUUCAGUUUCUCUUAAUGUGAUCCUGCUCUAUGUACUGAGCAAUGUAAAUAUUAGCUUUUGUGCCUAUUAAAUUGAAUAUUCCCUUUCCUUAUUUAACAAAAUAAUCAAAAUGGUUUAAGCCAGACAGAAUGACCUAUUCCAUUUUUUGUAAUGCCUAAUUUUUUAAAAAAUCAUCUGUUAAAAUGGUGCUUCUUAAUUGUCAGUCACAUUUUAUAAAUGGAUUUACAGAUUUCUAUUUUGAGAAUUUUCUAGCCAUCCGUUUACUAUCUAAUUUAAAAAAAAAAUGUAGCAAUUGCUGUUUAACAGAAUGCAGUUUCAAAAUGAGCAUGCAGCUACUGCUUAGCUGUAGUUGUUGCUAUAACUGCAAUAAAAUACUGCUUUUCUCUUUUCCUAGAGUAAACAAUGCCAUGAUCUUAGUGAUCUUCCCCUAGUGAUGCUGCCUUUUCACAGUCUCUAGUCUCAUCUCCAUCAGUGAUAUGAUAUAAAAUAAUUAUUUGGUCGUAAGUAUUAAGAUACAAAAAAAUACUUCUUUGUGACCUGGCGUAAAUUCAUUUUUACGUAGUGCUCUGAAUAUCUGCAGGUGUUUUAGUUAUUGCCUAAUAUUCUUUGGGUUUAUAAAGAGCUCCUACUUUGUUCCCACUCAAUCUGAUUCACAGUGAUUCAUUUGAUUUAGCGAUGUGUAUCCAAUUGGAAUAAAUGGCAUUUGUGAGAA